AUGAUAUUUUCUACCACGCUGGGGCCCCUGUUCCGCAAUUCCCGCAUGGUCCAGUUCCACUUCACCAACAAAGACCUGGAGUCGCUCAAGGGCCUCUACAGGAUCAUGGGCAACGGCUUUGCCGGCUGCGUGCACUUCCCGCACACGGCGCCGUGCGAGGUGCGCGUCCUCAUGCUCCUCUACUCCUCCAAAAAGAAAAUUUUCAUGGGCCUCAUCCCCAACGACCAGAGCGGCUUCGUCAACGGCAUCCGCCAGGUCAUCAAA